UGCCCAUGAGCAAUCUCCCAACUCAUCUCUGUCUUUACCCUGUGGUUAAAUCAGGAAAAUCAACAUGAAUUUCGUUGGACGACAAUUUUUAAGAGCUGUUAUAAAAGAAACCAGAAGCCAAUGUUUUACAACAUGUCCUCGACAGAUGUUCAGCUAUAAGAGUGCAUUCGCACUUGAGAGGUUAUAUCCAAACAGCAAUUUGAGUUUAUACACUCCAACUUUUGUUCCAGAAGACCCUACCGCCAAAUUCAAUGGAUAUAUUCCUUUAGAUCAGCUUACGAUCACUUACAGCCGCAGUGGUGGACCCGGAGGUCAGAACGUCAAUCGUGUUAAUACAAAGGUGGAUUUGCGGUUCAACGUUAAGGAAGCCAAGUGGUUGCCGGAAGACAUUAAGGACAAGCUGAUCGAGCAAAAUAAGACGAAAAUCAGUAAGGAGGGGUGCCUGAUAAUUCGUUCGGAAUUGACUCGAUCUCAGCAGCUCAACCUCGCCGAUGCCCUCGAGAAACUGAGAAGUCUCGUUCGAAAGGCUUUGGAACCACCUCCCGAGGUCUCACCGGAGACGGAAGAACGGAAGUGGAAGAAUCAAAUAAAGGCUGCUCGGCACAGGCUCUUCGAAAAGAGAGUACGCUCGGAUAUUAAACAGCACCGUCAAGCCCCGAGCAUUACAGAUUUUUGAGCCGUGACAAUUUUUUGUAGUUGAGUGGUGAUAAUAAAUAUACAUUCAUAAAGCAAAA